UUUCAAUAAUUUCAAGAAGGCAGGGAAGUCAGUUGACAUCGACAUCGACCUCGUUUAAAUUACGACGUGAUUUCAACAUCACUCACCUCACAAUAAACUCAACAAAAUACACAAGGACGGUCGGACGACAAUGGAGAACUCGACCACCACCACCGUGACUGCAUUGCAGUGGAGUGCAAUGGAGUCAAUGGUUGACCUCUUUGGAUUCGAGGUGAUCAGCGAUCGCUACGAUUGCGGCUUCUUUGACAUCUUCGCCAGCCUAGUGUACCUCUUCAUUUUCCUGUACGCUAUGGCCAAGCUGGUACUGGUCUCGGAGCGCUAUCUUGGCCAGCACAUGCUGGGCUGCCAAGAUCAUCUCAACGAGGUCCGAUCGAUGAGCCGCGAGUGGGAGAACACCCUGCAGCUAUGCGAGGCGGACAAGGCUCGUCUGAAUGGAGAGGUGGCGAUUCUGACCGAGAAGAAUAUCCAGCUGGAGGGAGUGUUGGCCGAGUUGCGCAAUUGGAACUUAAAUAUGUAUAAAGUCAAUUUGAUGCGAUCUAUCCAGCUGAAACAGACAAUGCCGACCGUUCCAUCGAAAAUCUACAUAACCAACGCACACUUUCACGUAACGCGUCAGGUGUUCCUUAACGAGGGACAGCUUAGCGUCCGCAAUGUCGCCGGCAGCGGCGAUGUCCACUCGGAGGAGGGAAUACCGAAUGUCUGGAUGAUGUACCUCAAAAUGCGCAAGUGUUAUAUGGGCCCGAUUGCCGAUCGCAGCUUGGUGGCUCCACCGGGCGACACUCUCAAUCCUGUGCUGCCCGUCGUCAUGACCACCGAGCAGCUGGCCGAGAUGCAGGGCAUUAUCUAGUUGUUGGCAGUGAUUUAAGUUAAUUCCAAAUACAAUUGGAUAUAAUUUGUGUUAUUUGGAGGAUUUUACAUGGUUCCCUAAAAUAAAAAAAGCAUGAUAAAAA